UACUAUGCAGGGUCAGACUUUCACAUCUACUAGGAAGGGUUCUAGCAAUGGGUCGUAUCGCUUCUAUUCAAAUACGCCCUCGAAAUUAUUUCCUGACUAUUCAAACCGAGCAAAGUUCCUUAGAUCGGUCGUGCUAUUUGGUGGUGCAUGGGGCUUGGCGGUGGUACCCGAAGGCAACCAAUUGGAUAUCUUCAAAGGUGUUGCUUUCGUCUCUCAGAAAUUCACGGACCAACUACAUCCGUCACUUAAUCUAUCAUCUGAUCCUGCAAUGAAAUAUCUCCAUAAACGAGGUGACGCGUUAGAAACCUUUCUUCGAAAGUAUUUGUGGAUGAAACGCAUUUAG